AUGGUACUUCCUUCCCCUUCUAGAAUACUAAUUGGCCUCUCCUUAGACCCAGAUGACAGCAAGGAACUUCUCUCAUGGGCAAUAACAGUUCUAGCCAAUCCAAAUGACACCAUUGUGGCCGUGCAUGUUCUUGUUGCUGAGGAUAAGAAGAAGCGUGUCUCAGUCAGAAGAAGGCAAUCGCAACUUAGGCAGGCAAAGGCAUACGUUAUAUCUGUGCUUGGAGAAUUUGCACAGACCUGUUGGUCUAAGCAGGUUAAUUUGGAGGCGAGGGUGGCACUCAAUUCCACAGUUGGUGGAGGUUUAGUGGAGGAAGUUAAGUCUAUCUCUGCUGACUUUCUUCUCCUUCGUGGCUCAAGAAACCGAGCAAAGAAAAGUGGAAGUUCUAAAGGAAUUUCCAAAUAUUGCUUUGAGCAUGCACCUGAAAGCUGUACCAUGGUCUCAGUUGGGAGGCGUUCAAAGGUUGAUCAUCAAAGUGCCAAUUCAAACUCAACACAUUGUGAAGGAAACAAGACACAGAACCAUUCACCAAGAACUGUUCUAGAUGGACUUGAGGGACAAUCCAACAGCACAGAAGAUGACACCUUUAGCACUAGGAUCUCUAGCACCACAUAUACCCCGUCAUUGGAUUCUAAGUCUAAGCACAGAUCCAAAAGAAGAAAACCACAGUUCCCACUCAGUUUCAUAGUCUCAUUCCUUGCUUCACCAUUUAGAAGGAAAAACUUUAGCAUGUCCAAAAAUGAUAAGCGCCAGCCUUUGUUGAAGUGCUUUAGCUAUGAACAGAUAACCAAUGCCACCAACGACUUCCACCAAGAUAAUUUGGUUGGACGAGGUGGGUACUCCGAAGUAUACAAAGGUGAUCUGUCUGAUGGACGAACCAUAGCUGUGAAGAGGUUGGCGAAGGACAACAAGGAUCCUAACAAGGAAAAAGAGUUCCUUAUGGAGUUGGGUGUUAUUGGACAUGUUUGCCAUCCUAAUACUGCAACUUUAGUGGGCUGUUGCAUUGAAAAUGGGCUAUAUCUGAUUUUCAAUUACUCUCAAAAUGGAAAUUUGGCAACUGCAUUGCAUGGUAAAGCAGGGAAUUCCCUUGACUGGCCAAUCAGAUACAAAAUUGCUAUUGGUGUUGCAAGGGGUCUCCAUUAUCUUCAUAAAUGUUGCAAACACCGAAUAAUUCAUCGUGACAUAAAAGCCUCUAAUGUUCUUCUGGGUCCCGAUUAUGAACCACAGAUUACCGACUUUGGGCUUGCAAAGUGGCUUCCUAACAAGUGGACUCACCAUGCUGUGAUCCCCGUAGAGGGCACAUUUGGAUACUUAGCGCCAGAGUACUUUAUGCAUGGAAUUGUGGAUGAGAAAACAGAUGUUUUUGCUUUUGGGGUUCUACUUUUGGAGAUUGUAACGGGACGCAGACCUGUUGAUUCAUCAAAGCAAAACCUUCUCCUAUGGGCCAAGCCUCUGAUGGAAUCAAGUAAUAUUGCUGAGCUAGCUGAUCCAAAAUUAGAAGGUAAAUAUGAUGAAGAGCAACUCUAUAGGGUAGUGCUAACGGCUUCAUACUGUGUGAGACAAACUGCCACGUGGCGUCCCCCAAUGAGUGAGGUGCUAGAGCUGCUAACAAGUGGCCAAGACAAAGAGGUUGGAAAGAGCUGGAGGAUCCCAAAGUUCACUUCCGAUGAAUUGGAUGAUUACUCUAUGGUUUUCGGAUAUGAUGUCCCCUCGGACAUAUCUUUGGAGGACUAUUUGUAA